GACUCAGUCUGUGGUAGCAAUCUAGAUGCCAAAUUGCAGUGGACAUUUAUCUUUUCCAUCAGUGUCCCCUGUAGAGCAGGAAUCGUGGACGGAAUCCUGCAGAAGUAAUAUGGAACUUGUCCUCCUAAAACCUGCCCAGCUUCCAACCACUUCUAGCACAUGGUCUUUCUUAGCAACAGAUGGUUCCCCUGCACUUGACAGCUGGUGCACUUACUUUUCUCCCCACCUUUGCUGACAGAUCCUUCUGAAGCUGGUGACAAAGCCCUAUCCCUACACAGACAAGGCAGCAGAUGUGGUUCAGGAAGCCAGCAUGCUCCAGUUGUCCUGGAUAUGGUGAUGUUCUGAUCGAGGGCAGUGAUGGCUUCGAUGAAGAAAUUGGGUUCUCUUUAGAUGAAGACAUGAUUAUCCAAACAUUUCCUUUCAGUGCUGUUGUCCCUGCUGCAUUAGAAGCCAGGAAUAUACUGUUGCUUCAGUCUGAACAUGGAACAGGAGCACACAUUGUGGAGUACCUUGUUGCUGUUUUCACUGACCUCCUGCACUCUCAGAGAGAACCCCUUGCUCUCUGCUUGAUGUUCCAGCUCUAUGACAAAGAUCUCAAGUCGCUGAAAGUUGCCAAAUAUCCUCAGCUCUACCAGUUUAAUGGAUACUAUAAACUCUGGAUACCCAAGCAAUCCCAGGAACCUGUGUUUAAAAAGCACAAGGAGGUAAGCGAAGAACCUACUGUGGCACUGGAUUCUGUAUUUACCACUUUGCUAAAGAGAGCGUAUGAGAGAGGAAGCAAUACCUUACUGGAGGAUGGUGUUCAGGCAAAAUUGAGAGACCUGGCUUCCUGGCUACCAUCUGAUCAGGUUUUGUUGGGAGUAAAGCACGUGCUGCUAUACCUGAAAUCCACUGUGGAGAACUUCAGCAGUGUUGGUAAAACUGUGGGUCCUCAACUCAUUGACCUCUAUGUGGACAUUCUGAGCAUCUUGUUGUGCCGUGGCAACCAAAUAAAGCUGGAUCAGCAACAGAAGCAGGAAGAGCAUCAGGCUGAGUCAGAUCUCUUUAUGGAUGAGGAGUCUCUGAUGACAGAAGUGCCUUCAAAUGACAAGACACUGGAGGAUGCACUCACCUUGAUUUUCAGACAUCCUACGCUGGAGAGCUGGUUCCUGGCCUUGGAACUGUGCUCUGUUCCUCAGCCUGGUUUGAACCCUGUCACUGUGAAGCUCCUGUCAGCUCACCUCAAUUCCGGGGUGCUCCAGCUGCUGAAAACAGGUGCCCCCAUGGUGCAGGGCGUCACAACGGAUCACAGACACGUGUUGUCCAAGUAUUUUGAAGCUAUCACAAAAAGCGUCCUGGAAGAGCUGCAGACUGUGGGGAAGGACAGAAGCCAGGUCUAUCUCAGGAAGUCUCACCAUCUGCAGGCGCUGGAGGAGCUGUACAUGUACAUGACUGCAGCUCAGCUGAAGGAGAUCACUCUAACCAUGCUGCAACUCCCUGAGAUGAGCUUGACUGAUCAGAAAUCUGAAAAAUCCCCGUGCAGAUGA